CUAGUUGAAUUUUUCCUACAUAAAUGUUAAGAAAACACACUAGUAAUAUCAAUUAGGGCAUAUAAUGCUAAUGAAGGGAAGUAUAACAACCACAACAUUUAUAAGGAUUCUAAGACCAAUUUGAAUAAAUAUAUAAUUAAAAUCGUUUAACGAAAACAAAGAAUCUUGAUGUGUGGUAUGAAGUCGUGUUGGCAUGUCAGAUACAAGUACAAAUGUGGAAACAAAUAAGUCUGAUGAUUUGGACGACAAAACUUCAACAACUGAUACCAUUGAUAACAAUGCAACAAUCUUGCAAUCUGAAAAUAUUGUUAAUGUCAAUACAAUUACAGUUUCCUCAAAUUCAACACAAACAGACGAAGAAUCUGAGACAGAAAAACGAGUGUAUACAAUUAUUGACAAAAUGUAUUACGUGUUUCGACAGCUGUUGUGUUGCUUAAUCGCUGUGGUGUUGACCUCAUAUGCCGCUUAUCAUUCUGGACAACCAAAAAUAUCGCCACCUCCAGCAGCGAAACCUUUCUUUUCAGAUGGUUCAAUAGUGACGGAUUGGUUUCGCGGUGAAAUUGGUCCCGCAAUUUUACGAUCAAUGCAACAUGAUUUAUCAUUUAUUAUGUAUUAUGCACCUUGGGAUGCAGAAAGUCAAUUAGUUCGAAAAGAGUUUGAUAUAACUGCAAAUUUUUAUUAUAAACAGAUACAUUUUGCAGCCGUAAAUUGUUGGCAACCUCAAGGUGAAUGUGCGUUUGAAAAGAUUAGAGAAAAUAUUGGUGUAAAUCAUUGGCCUGGUUUAGUUGCUCAUCGUGGUCAAAAGGGUAUUGUUUAUCAUGGACCAAGAACUGCACCUUACUUAAUAAAAUUUUUAAAGAAUUUAAUAAAUCCUUUAAAUCGGAUUACAUCUACACAAGAUUUGGUUAAUUUAGUUCAAAAGCAUGAUGCAGUAAUCUAUGCAACAGUUCAGAAUUCUAUACAUUAUAAUAUAUUUUAUAAAACUGCAUUAAAAUUAUUGGAAUUAGAUCCAAUGCGUGAAAUUGCGGUCGCAGUUUCAACAUCAAUUUUACCAGAAAAUAAUGUUGUAACACCGUGCCUACAAUUAAUUACUGCAAAUGGAACUAUUAUAAAUACCAAUAAAAAUUGGACUGUAACAAAUUUAGUAAAUUGGACUUUAAAACAUUUACAUCGACCGUUGGCAUGGACAUCUAUACCAGGAUUAGGAAAAAGUCAUUUACUAUCAUCAUUUAUAAAAUCGAAUCCAACACUUUUAAUAUUUACGCCACGUAAUCCAUUUUUGGACUAUAAUUAUGUGUAUCAAAUGGUUCGAUUUAUGGCAUUACAAUAUUAUAAUUGUGAAAAUCAUCAAAAUGACGAUUACUUUAUAAAUGCUGUUUUAACUGGUUUAAAAUUGAAACAACAAGAAAUUAAAGAUUUAUAUAAUGAAUGUAAAUCAGAGGGUUUAAUUGAUGAACAAACAAAACCCAAAUCAGUGUUAACAAAAUGGAUGCAUUACAAUAAAUGUACAAAAACAAUGUCUAAUUUUAAUACAUGUUUAGAUAAUGAUUUAAUAUUAGAAAAUACACCCAGUCAUUGUUGGGUAAAUAAAUAUAAAGAAAUUGAUGAUACGAAUGAAUCAAUAGAGCCAAAAUUUGAACAAUAUUAUGAUGGUGAUGUAUUAUCACCUGAAUAUUUAUUGAUUGUACAAAAAAAAGAAAAAUGUCGAUUUUUAAAUGCUGCAAAAAAAGUAUUCAGCAAAUUCUCCAAACCAGAGAAAAAUAUCUCUCGCUCAACGUUAAUAAAUGGUUUAAGUUGUAAAACGAAUAAUACUUUAGCAAUUACUGUGAUAGACUCAUUACGUUACGGCUCUUUGGCAAAUGCCUUAGGAAUUGAUGUUGCAAUAAACAAUGAGAAAACUAUAGCUGUUAUAAUUGACGCAGCCAAAGAAUCCCAUUUUAUCAUGGAAAAACCUUUAUUGUAUAAUAAUUUAAUACAUUUUAUUAUGAAUUAUUCACAAAAUAAUUUGGAGUACAGUACACGAUCAAAAUUUGAACCAACUCUAUCACCAUCACAUUAUCAAGCACAAAAUAGAAGUUCGUGUUUAACAAAUAAACAUUCCAUUUGUCUGAUGGAAUUAACGACUGAUACUUUCAUUCCAACAAUUAUGGAAACUGGGAAAGCUUUUGUGGUAUUGUAUUAUAGUUCUCAUUGUGGGUUUUGUAUAGAUGCAUCUAGAAUAUUUUUAUUAUUAGCAAAAAUUUUUCAACCAUUACCGUUUAUAAAAUUUGUACGGAUAGAUGGUGAGAAACAUACAUUACCAUGGCAUUUUAAUAUGCCUCAAUAUCCAACAAUAUUGUUUUUCCCAGCACGAAGAAAAGCUGAAAGCCGAGCAUUUCCCCAAGGAGCUGUUCGCAGUGUGUCAAAUUUAGUAACAUUUAUUCUAGCAAAUUUGGAACCGCCCAUGAAUUUACAUGCAUUGUGGUUGCUCUGUUCUAAAUCUAAGAUUGUAAAUGAUUUUAAUCAAUGUACAAAUCAACUUCGAAUGGAGAAUACAAAAUUAAUGAAACAAUCUUUAAGAGAAUGGCGUCAUUUGAAAAAUACAACAUCGCACUAUGCUAGAGCGGUUUUAAGACGUAUUAAAUAUUUACGAUCACUACAUUUAUUAUUGGGAACAAUAGAUUUAUCAAAGUUCAUAUCAAUUAGAAAUAUAUUGAAUCGUUUACAAACUACGCCAUGGGGAUAUGAAUCAUACAGUUGACAAAAUAUUUAUUGAAGACUUACUUUUUUCCUAUUUGCUCUUUUUGCUUUUGUA